AUGGGGUCUACCCGCAAAUCCAGGAGGAAAUUUGUUGAUAAUUCUCAUCAGUUCUCCUCGUUCGAAGAAGAUUUCGAUCUCGAUAAAGAGCUGGAUAUGGAAAGAUGCCUGGAUGAUCAUGAAUGUAUGUGGUUGUCUUCAGAUUUUGCUUCGCCUUCCAAAUUUUUCGCUGAGCACAGACUCUCCGAAGAAACUUUCCUGCGAGGCUUGGAAUAUCAAGGAGAAGUCACUGCAAUGUUAAACUCUCCAGGGAAUGAUGAAAUAGAUUUCAGAACUAAUUUUGAUUCGUCUUCUCAGACUUCGGAUAAGGACAAAACUUGUAGCUGCAAUCCUGAAGUCAAAUUAUCAAAUUAUCCUGAAGGAAUUUGGCCUGUCUCAGAAGAUGCAGAAUAUUUGGAAGAUUUGGGUGCUGAUGAACCUUUAUUCUGGCCAUUUGAGCUUGAAGUGUGUUGGAAUUCUGAAGAAUCCUGGAAAUGUUUCACAAUGUCUCCUCGGAAAGACAUGAGAAAGUUUGGAAAUAAUCCUGAAGGGACCUGUAAAAUGCAUUCAAAAGAAAGGUGUAGGAGAAGAGCUGUGAUAAACUCAGGAUCAACAGCGGCAAAGAUAUUGGAAUUGAAACAAAGAAACAACAACAAAAAGAGCGUCAAGAAACUCAACGAUAUGCCUUCAAGGUUGCGAAAUUCAAACAAAAUUUCGGCGAAAAUCGUACCAUUAGAAAUCGCAGAUGAUAUAAAAGAACCAAUAGAUAAAGAUGGUUAUCUCUUCCGGGAUGUUUUUGCUGUGAACCAAGAAGUUCCGAUAGAGAAGUUUUUAGGCCUUAGCGAAUUUGAUGGGCAUGAGGGAGUUGGUUCUGAUCUUAAUGUAGAUGUUUUCUUCCUGGAAGAGUCAUUAUGA